GGGGUAACUUUGGCUUUCAGUAUAACAUUGACUCAUUUCUACAAUUUUUGGUUUAAAUUUUUUUCCUAUAAUUUGAACGCAUCCUAGUGUACAUAAUGCAUACUAAAUAAAAGUUUACGUGUAUCCGAAUUUAUUUUUGCCGCGAAAUGUUGGUCUGCUGUCAAAAAGUUAUAUCUAAUCUACGUCAAAUAUUGGAGUAAAAAAGUUCGUUCGUUACAUUGUUGUUAUAAAGUUGUCUGUAAUUUAAAAAGAAGAGUGUAUUUAGAGAAUAAAAAAAUGCCUAGAAAACGAGUAUGUCCCGCACCGGGUACCCGAAAAUAUGGGAAAAAAUCUCGCUACACGGAAGAGACAUUAGAAAAGGCAUUAGAAGAGGUAAAAUGUUGCAAAAUUUCCCAAAGAAAGGCCGCAGAACAUUAUAAUAUUCCACUCAGCACAUUAAAAUAUAAACUAAAAGAUCAACACACAGGGCAGAUUGGAAAACCUACAGUUCUUUCUAAAGUUGAAGAGGAAUCGAUAGUCGCCCAUAUUAUAGCAUUAUCAGAUCUUGGAAUUCCAAUUGGUAUGCAAGAUGUAAGAGUCAUUGUAAAAAAGUAUUUAGAUGAUAAUAAAAAAAAAGUAAAGCAGUUUAAAAAUAACUUUCCGGGAUGGGAGUGGGGCAAACUUUUCUUGGAAAGACAUAAAUGCAUAAGACAAAAGGUAGCACAUAACAUCAGUAGAAAGAGGGCUCAAAUAAACAAGGAAAUGAUAGAAAAAUUCUUCGACAAUUUAAGCCUUGAACUCGAAAAUGUGCCCCCGGAAAACAUAUUUAAUUUCGACGAAACUGGAUUUCAUGACGACCCAAAAAAACAAAAGCUUUUAUUUCGAAGACUUUGCCGGAACCCAGAAAUUAUUAGAAACUCUACGAAGUCCUGCUUCACUGUUAUGUUUUGCGGUAAUGCGGCUGGUGAAUUUGUGCCAUUAUAUGUUAUAUAUAAAGCACAGCAAAAGUGGUCUGACUGGAUAUUGGAUGCUCCACGUGGCACUCGAAUGGCAGUAACACCAACAGGUUGGAUAGACGCUAAUACGUUUGAUGAUUGGUGUGAGAGCACAUUAUUGCCUGUACUGAAAAAAAAGGAAGGGAAAAAAGUUGUACUUGGAGACAAUUUAAGCUCGCAUAUCACUCCAAAAUCGUUAAGGCUCUGUGCGGAAAAUAACAUUAAAUUUAUAUGCCUUGUUCCCAAUUCGACACAUCUACUGCAACCAUUAGAUGUGUCAUACUUUAGUGCUCUGAAAAGUGAUUGGAGGUCAAUUUUAAGAGACUGGCGAAACACUAAAAGGGGCAAAAUAGUAAAUGUUUUGCCGAAACCAAUAUUUGCUAAAUUGCUUUCUAAAACUGUGGAAAAAGGUCAACAAACUGCUGGUCAAAACGUGAUUGCUGGUUUCAAGGCCUGUGGGAUAUAUCCUCUAGAUCGGAGUAUGGUACUGGAGAGACUGAAAGAAUAUUCUAAACCUGAAGUGUGUGACGAGGUGCGUGAGUCGAUUGGCGAGAGCUUUAAAAAUUACAUAGCUGAAAUUCGUGAUAAGGACCUCCAAAUGCAGCAGACUAGAAAAUUUCAAAUCCCGGUUGUAGCAGGCAAAAGUGUUUCUGUGGAAGAAGUCGAAAAAUACUAUGAAGAAAGAGAGAAGAAGAAAUCUGAAAAAGGUCAAAAGAAACAAAAAGAAAAAAUCCAGAAUAAUCUACUGCUCCUGUCAAAAAAAGAGGACGUCCAUUAG